AUGGAACUCGUUGCAUUGACAGUGAACCGCGCAGAAUUUGCAUUGGAUCUUUUGCUAGAGUGCAUCGAGCCUGAAUGCCGUCGACUGAUUCCCGGCACCGAAGUUGAGGUGCAACAGCUUGUGAAUAACCUUGGCGGCAUCGCGCUGGAGCAUAUCGACGAAGCGAGUGGUGUUCGCGUGUUCGAGCCACAAAUGCUCACGCUCAAACUCGAUGGCCUCAGUGACGGCUACCAUGCUGUCACCGCCACUCUGCUCGUAAUCCUGAAACGUCUUCUGCAGGUCUUUCCCAAGUCCCGGUUCUUAGUCACAGCACCCACUCACAACGCGGUUGACAAUAUCCUACAGCGCUAUCUAGACGAGUCGGGAGCAGUGACUACCUGCCCACCACUGAGAGUUACAACGCAGCUCACAAAAGUUGCCUCCAGCUUGAAGCAGUACGCUUGCGAUGCACUUGUUGGAAAAGAUCUCACAGCAGACUUUCGCGCCAGACGCCAAGCCCAGAAGAGGGUCAAAGAGUGCCGCCUUGUCUUUACAACUUGUGUUGGCGCAGCAGUUGAACUGCUCCGCUCCGAAGAAUUCGACAUCGUGGUAGUCGAUGAGGCGUCUCAACAGACCGAACCCGAGACGCUGAUACCACUGACGCAGGGCUGCCAGCGAGCUAUACUAGUCGGAGAUCAUGUCCAACUCAGAGCAACGGUGCAGAAGCACGCUGUCUUGACCGGCUUUGACCUAUCGUUGUUCGAAAAGGUCUACACUCGCGCGACAGAAGGCGAUGGAGUAAAGAGAGUAAUGCUGGACACGCAGUAUCGUAUGCACUCUGACAUAUGCGACUUCAGCUCUCGAGAGUUCUACAACAAUGGACUCAAGACUGCGCCGAAUCUGCAGACAAAUGUCGCCACCUCUGCGUUCCCUUGGCCUCCCAAAGUCCGGAAAGUCUUCGUGCAGUGCAGUAGCACUGAAGACAUGGGAAAUCAGUCCAAGUCAAACGCUGGCCAAGCGGACCUCACGAAGACGAUCUGCACCCUACUCACCACAUCAUCUACAACGACGGCUACUUCAAUCGCUAUCCUGACUCCGUAUACCCGACAACGUCUCCUGCUUCAGUCCAAGCUGCCGACCUCUCCAGAUCUCUUGGUCUCCUCGAUCGAUGGCUAUCAAGGCCGCGAAGCAGAUAUCGUCAUCUUCGUGACAGUUCGUUGCAAUGCUCAUUAUGAUAUCGGAUUCUUGAAAGACCAACGGCGCUUGAAUGUGGCAAUGACGAGGGCCCGAACCGGGGUUAUUAUCGUUGGGGACAAAGCGACUUUGGUUAAUGCAAGUGAUGGGGAUGAGGCGAGCAAGGCGGUGUGGACGCGGUUGGUGCAAGACUGUGUCGAGGUGAAGAUCGAUGAUAUCGGUGGGCUUAAUGCGUGCAGCACAUCGUCUUGA